AUGCCGUUUGUGGUACAAGAUGAGAUAAGAAAAGAUGAAGAGGUGUUGGAAACUAGUGUAGAAUUGGUGAACAAAAUGGCGAAAGAAGCAGAGGUACCUCAGAAAUUGGUACCUAUUCCUAGACCUCCACCCCCAUUCUCUCAGAAAUUGGUGAAGAAGACCGAGGAUGAUAUGGUUAAGAAGAAGAGAUCAGUAGGUUUUGAGGAUGAUGACCGAAUGCAGCAUUGUAGUGAUUUUGCUACAAGGUGUCUUGUGCAGAAAAAAGAAGAUUCAGGCGUGUUCACUAUUCCAUGUAGCAUCGGAUUAUUACACUUUGCUAAAACACUAUGUAAUCUAGAUGCAAGCAUAAACCUCAUGCCUCUUUCCAUUUAUAAGAAAUUGGGUUUGGGUGACCCAAAGUGUACUGUAAUGCGGUUACUGAUGGCUGAUCGAACAAUUAAGAAGCUCAUUGAGAUACUCCAUGAUGUGCUCGUGAAAGUGAAGUUGUUUAUAUUUUCAGCCGAUUUUGUGAUUCUUGACUGA